AUGGCCGCUCUCUGGGAGAACAAUGGGCAACCAGGCCAGUUUCCCCUCGAACAAUGGUUCUAUGAGAUGCCACCCGUCACCCGGUGGUGGACUGUAGCAACCGUCGCAACGUCAGUCUUGGUGCAGUGCCACAUCGUGACCCCAUUCCAGCUAUUCUACAGCUUCCGCUCUGUCUACGUUAAAUCGCAGUACUGGCGACUCCUCACAACAUUCCUCUAUUUCGGACCCCUCAAUCUCGACCUAUUAUUCCAUGUCUUCUUCCUGCAGCGCUACUCCCGUCUUCUGGAAGAAACAUCCGGCCGUUCCCCGGCCCACUUUGCAUGGCUGAUUUUCUACGCCAUGACAUCUCUCCUCAUUAUCUCACCUUUCCUCUCAAUACCCUUCCUGGGAAGCGCGCUUUCAUCCAGCUUGGUCUACAUCUGGGCCCGGCGCAACCCAGACACCCGGCUCAGUUUGUUGGGUUUGCUGGUAUUCACCGCUCCCUACCUACCUUGGGUGCUCAUGGGAUUCAGUGUGAUUGUGCAUAAGAUCGUGCCGAAGGAUGAAAUGCUGGGCGUUGUUGUCGGUCAUAUCUGGUACUUCUUCAACGAUGUUUACCCGCCUCUGCAUGAUGGCCACCGUCCGCUUGACCCGCCUCGUUGGUGGAUCCGUCUGUUUGAGUCUGCGCCCAGCCCAAGCGAGCGUACAACGGGUGCGGCUGUGAAUGGCGAGUUUGCGGCUGCCGUGGCGCCUGAGGUUCGAUGA